GGAAGAUUUGGAUGCAAGUUAGGGCGCCCGACGUGCAUCCAUAUGUUCUCUACUUAAAACCUUUUAAUGUAAUACAUGCGUUUUCUGUAGAAUAGUGAUCGUAACAAUGUUAUCUUUAGAUUUUCUUGACGAUGUGCGUCGCAUGAAUAAGCGGCAGCUCUAUUACCAGGUGCUGAACUUUGGUAUGAUUGUGUCCUCUGCGCUGAUGAUAUGGAAGGGACUCAUGGUUGUCACUGGCAGUGAGAGUCCUAUUGUUGUCGUCCUAAGUGGGAGCAUGGAACCAGCUUUCCACAGAGGAGACCUCCUGUUUCUGACCAACCGGGUAGAGGAUCCAAUCAGAGUUGGAGAAAUUGUUGUCUUCAGGAUAGAGGGCAGAGAGAUUCCAAUAGUACACAGAGUACUGAAAAUCCAUGAAAAGGAAAAUGGAGACAUUAAGUUCUUGACCAAAGGCGAUAACAAUGCAGUGGAUGAUCGAGGGUUGUACAAGCAGGGCCAGCACUGGCUGGAGAAAAAAGAUGUAGUUGGGAGAGCCCGAGGGUUUGUGCCAUACAUUGGAAUUGUUACCAUUCUGAUGAAUGACUACCCCAAAUUCAAGUAUGCUGUCCUCUUUAUGCUGGGUCUCUUUGUGUUGGUCCAUCGUGAGUGAGGAACCCAAAAGACAAUACACAGUAAAAACUGACCAUGUCCAGGAAACCUCAAACCAUGCCUUUAAAAAAAAAAACACAGAAUUUUGUUUGGAUUUUGUCAAACCCAACCAGCUUUGUUUGUAACAUUUCUUUGGGUGUUUUUGUAGAAAUGUGAAUUGGGCAUUCACAUAUUUAAAAAAAAAUUCAUGCUUUAAAAGUUUUUUUUUUUUUUUUUUGGGAGGGAUUUUAGGCUAGAUUCAAGUUGAAGUCAAUUUUUGUUUUUAAUCCUCAGUAUGUGAAAAUAGCUUUCUUAACGGUCAAGUGUUUUUUUUCCUCUGUUCAUUGUAUUUGAAAAAAGGUGAAGUAUUUAAGGACAAGCGAGUGAGUGUGAUAUUCAAUAUGAAAUCUGAUACCCUCCAUGGAUUAAUUCAACUUUUUCCAUAUCCUCUACUCGUUGCAGAAGUCAACUAGUAUCUUAACUGCUGAGAUUGAGACGUUUCCUUUUGGCCGUAGAGCAACAGUGUAGUAGAGGUGCAGCAAAUGUGUCAUGUGUUGAACUUCUACUAUGGUUUCAUCUGUGUGUUUGCUUAUUUCAAGUAAUGUUUUACACAAAUUUCAACAUUGGAGUUAUGUCUCACAACUGUUUUAUUAAGGUACAGUCAGUGAUUAGCAAUACACGUCUUGAGAUCUUUUUGAAAGACAUUUAAGGGGAUAAUAUUGGUUUUUGUAUGUCUAUCACUGAGAGAAAAUGAUUGUAUUAAAUGAUAAACCU